ACAGUCGAAGCUAUGAGCCCUUAUAUUAAGCAGAUAGAGGAGUCGAACAUGGCACUAGACAGGCAAUCAUCUGAGAUGAAAGGCUUUGUACUUAAAAUGAUAGAAGGGAAAGAGCUAGUUGAAAGUGCUCCAAGUAUAGUAAGUGGAGGUACAUGCACAAAAGGCCUGGCUACACGACCAAGCUUCAGGAUUUGGACGAGUCCCUUGACCGUUUGCUCAGGAUUUUACCUCUUCUGAUAGCCAGAACUACGAAUGAGACUCAGAUUCUGGUGAGGGAAAUCCAUGCCAGCACUAUUGGAAGAACAGGCCAAGGGAAUCAUGGCCUUGUUUCUCGACAGAUUGAGGUAAAGGGCUGCUGUCAUGCGCCUGAACCACCAGAUUUUACUGUUGGAUUGAGUGACUCUCUUGAGGACUUAAAGAUGAAUCUUCUAAGAGUUGAUAUGGUGACAGAACCAGUUUUAGUUACUGCUCCACCAGGAUGUGGGAAGACCACUUUGAUUAAAAAACUAUGCAAUGAUGAUCAGAUCACAGAGAAAUUCAAGAGCAACAUAUUGUUUGUAAUAGUUGGAAAGAAUCCCAACUUGGGUCUUAUUGCUCAAGAACUUUAUCAACACAAAGGCUAUUCUGUAUCUACUUUCAAAGACAACAAAGAUUCAGAACUCAAAUUGGAACAGUUUUUGAGAGAAAUUGGAAAAGAGCCUGUACUGCUGGUUCUUGAUAAUGUUUGGUCUGGAUCAGAGUCCCUUGUUGACAAGUUUGUUUUCCAAAUACCUGAUUACAAGAUUUUGGUGACAUCCCGGUAUCCAUUUCCAAGAUUUGAGCAUCAAUAUGAAAUGAAACCAUUGAGUGAUGAAGAUGCAAAGGCUAUUUUCCGGCAUUAUGCCUCACUUGAAGAUGGAAAUGCAGCCAUUCCAAAUGAUCUAGUAAAAAAGGCAGUGGAUCACUGUAAGAGAGUUCCUAUUGCACUAAAACUGAUUGGAUCAUCACUAAGGGGGCAGCAUCCCAGAAUUUGGCGAAGACAACUGGAGAAAUGA